CGCUGAGAGAAGGGAGGAAGCGGCGGCUGCGGGGCUCAGGCUGACAGGGAACUGCGCUUCAGUCGUGACAGGAGCAUCGGGAUCCCCUCAUGUGCUGUGCGCCCCCGCCUCCGGGAUCCCCGUUAUGAGAGGCCAUGGCUUCCCGGCAGUCCCUUUCCCACCUGAAGCUGGAGGCUGAGAUUGAGCGCUGCAGGGCAGAGUGUCAGUGGGAGAGGAUUCCGGGGCUGGUCAGGCAGUGGAACCCUAAGGCGCAGGAGAGCACUGAUGACUUUGCCAACCUGCUGCUGGCCGAAGCCCUGCUGGAGCUCUGCUUAAGGGAGAAUGUGGCCAAACUGAAGGAUUCCAUUCCAUUAGUGGCAAGUAAGGAGCCAAAGCUUCAAGAGGCAAAGAACUAUCUAACUGGCAUUCUAAACAGGGGCAAAUUACUGCCUAAACACAUAACGGAAGCCCUGCUGAUCAUGGGAAAGUUGCAUUACAUGGAGGGAUCGUAUAGGGAUGCUGUCAGCAUGUACGCGCGGGCGGGGAUCGACGACAUUUCGCUGGACGAUGAGCCUCUCUAUCUAAUGCGCCUCAUGACGGAAGCUUUUCUCAUUAAAGGUCUGUCUCUAGAACGUUCUACUGCGACCAUUGCAUCCCGAGCAAGGCUGUCGGAAAGGGAGGAGGAAGCCAUCGCUUGUUUUGAGAAGGCCAGCUGUAUAGGCCAAGUUUACUUGCAGGAGCUAGAGAAGAGCACUAACAGUGCCCACACAAGAGGCUCUAAGGGCAGCUCCCCUUCCCAUGACUUUGAGCUGGGCUACUUUCUUGAAGCUGCCCUCCAGUGCGCCUAUGCUGCACACUUCAAAAGGGGAAAUGUCUUGAAAGGAAUAAAAGAGCUGAGAGACGUUCUGAGGGUUGUGGAGACCAAAGCCACGCAGAACUUCAAAAUGGCAGCCAGUAAGCAGUUGGCCGAAGUCCUCCUACAUUCCUUGAGUGAGAACUGCUACUGGAGUCCCCUCAAAGCCCCUCAGCCAGAGCUCCACAACAAAGAUGCCCAUUCUUUUCCCAACAACAUCCUCAGUCUGAAGCCGCAGACGCACACCGGGGAUAACCUCUAUUGCCCUCAGGACAACAUUGAGGAGGCUCUCCUGCUCCUUUUGAUCAGUGAAUCAAUGGCCAACCGAGAUGCAGUUAUCAGCCGAGCGCCAGAGCAAAAGGAAGACCGUGCUGUGAGCCUGCAGAAUGCAUCCGCCGUGUACGACCUGCUGACCAUCACCAUGGCCAGAAGGGGGCAGUAUGCCAUGCUUUCAGAGUGUCUGGAGCGGGCUAUGAAACUCGCCUUUGGAGAAUUCCAUUUGUGGUACCAGUUGGCGCUAUCGAUGAUAUCCUGCGGCAAGUUUGCAUACGCAGUAUCGGUGCUAAAGGAGUGCUGUAAGCUGUGUCCUUCAGAUCCCACCAUUCCCCUGCUGGCUGCUAAGGUCUGCAUUGGGCCACUGCACUGGUUAGAAGAAGGAGAGUGUUUUGCCAAACUGGUGACUGAGAUGGGAGAAGGUGCCGGAGACUUUCUUGCAAAGGGUUUUCUGGCUUUGGGGCUCGUGUACAGUUUGCAAGCGUCUGAAGCCACGCAGAAAUGCGCUCAAGAUGAUUUAAGUAAGAAAGCUCUUCAGGCUUUACAAAGAGCUCAUGAGUUAGAUCCAGAGGACCCUCAGAUUAUUCUGUAUCUCUCAUUGCAACUGGGCCUUGUGAGGCAGAUAUCAAAGGCAACAGAGCACAUUCAAGAAGCACUCAAGCUCCGUAAGGACGAUCUACACAGUCUCCAUUUGUUGGCUCUACUCCUGUCAGCACAGAAGCAGUACCAGCAUGCAAUAGAUGUAAUUGACAUGGCUUUGUCCGAAUAUCCAGAAAACUUUGGUAUACUUUUCACCAAGGCUAAGCUGGAACGGGCUCUUACUGGACCUGAAGAAGCACUGGUGACGUGUAAACAUAUGUUGUUCCUGUGGCAGAAGUUGUAUAAUUAUUCACAACUAAGCGACUGUGAGAAAGAAAGCAGUUUAGCCGAGGCCCCAUUGACAAGGAAACACAGUGGCAUGUUUCUGGCAGUUCCAGACGCCCAUGACCCUGAGAAUGGUUCCCAGCGGGCUUCCUCCAUUGCCGCGUCGCGCUUGGAACAGGCCAUGUCGGAAAUAACCAUGCACAGCAGCACACAGAGGCAGGGGCCGAUGCAGCAGUGGGUAACCCUAGAACAUAUCUGGCUACUAGCAGCGGAGCUUUUCAUGGAGCAGCAAGAGCUGAAGGAAGCGGGGUUCUGUCUCCAUGAGGCAGGCAGCCUAUUCCCCACAUCACACACUGUGCUGUACAUGCGUGGGAGGCUCGCCGAGAUGAAAGGCUGCUUGGAGGAGGCUAAGCAAUUGUAUGAUGAGGCGCUGGCAGUGAAUCCAGAUGGAGGGAAAAUUAUGCACAGCCUGGGGCUCGUACUGACCAGACUUGAGAGGAAGAGUUUAGCGGAGAAGGUUCUACGGGACGCAGUGAGGAUGCAAAGUACAUCUCAUGAGGCUUGGAACGGGCUGGGACAGGUUCUGCAGGAGGAGGGGAAACACGAAGCAGCCGGGGAAUGUUUCCUAACAGCGCUGGACCUGGAAGCUAGCAGUCCUAUCUGCCCAUUCACUGUUAUACCAAGGGAGCUAUAGAGUUCAGUACCUCCAAACUGCCUACCACUCGUAUAGAUGUUUCCAUUGCAGAAUUCUAUAUGUAUAUAUUGUGUCACUCAGCUGAUUCAUAAAGGCUUCCAGUCUUGUAGGUUUUAAUAUUUGCAGUUGUUUAAAAAUGAGAACAGUAUGAAAAUAUAUCUAUUUUUUUAUAUUUAA